AUGACUCAAUCACCCGACUAUGGCAACCGUCUGCUUAACGAAGUCGUCACUCGAUUUGCCCAUGAUGAGCCCAGCAAAACGUGGAUCUCCGUUCCGCGACAUCCAACGGACUCAACUCAGGGCUGGGAAGACGUAUCCUUCGCUCGCUGUCUGGCUGCAAUCGAUUACAUGGCGUGGGAGCUGGAGAAAGGAAUCGGUAGAGGCACCGGAUCUACCACAAUCGCAUACGUUGGUCCGAACGAUUCCAGAUAUUGCAUCUUUUAUCUUGCCGCCAUAAAAGCUGGAUACACAGCUUUAUACAUUUCCCCUCGCAACGCAGUCGAAGCUCAACAAUCCCUUUUCAACGACACAGACUGCCAGUUCCUUUGCCACUCUCGAGAAUUCGAACAGGCCGCGGGGAAGUGGACGACCGGCACUAAGGUAAAAACUUUCCUUAUGAGCGAAGAGGGCCAAUACCUCAACGCCAAGGAUGUUCCCUUGCAUCCAUUCAAGUCAAAGCCGGCCUCGGAGUGCGCUAUGGAGACGGCCGUGAUCCUGCAUACCAGCGGCAGCACCUCAUUGCCAAAACCCAUCCCGUGGCGACAUGGCGCUUUGAUGGCCUGCGACGCCUCCAAUGGUGCUCCACCUAAGCAGGGUCGCGAGCAGAGUUUCAAAGAAAUGAUGUCUACGAAAAGGAUGUUCAUGACAAUGCCUAUGUUCCACGCUUCCGGAAUGUGUUGCGGUGCUGUAUUCUCUGUCUACGGGGAAGUGGUGAUAUGCAUGCCGCCAUCCGGCAGACCAGUGACCGUGGAUGUGGUGAUUGAGGGACUCCGCUACUCUGGCGCCACGGCCGUCAUGCCACCUCCAUCAGUGUACGAAGAGCUGGCCGUCAUUCCAGAGGCAUUGGAACUACUGAAGCCUCUCGAAAUGGCGUUGACAGCUGGCGCGACCCUCCUCCGAGAAGCCGGCAUCAAAAUGGCCAAUCAUAUUGGGUCUACUGAAACGGUACCGCUGGGAUUACUUGAAACCACACCAGAAGAGUUUCCAUGGUUUGCAUUUGACGACGAAUAUACGGGCAUCGAUUGGCGUGAUGCUAACGUCCCGGGUCGAGAAGUGUAUGAGAUGGUCAUCGUACGGAAGAAGGACUGGUCAAAGCAAGGCGUCUUCUGGAAUUUCCCAGAGUUGGACGAGUACAGGACGAAUGAUCUCUUCGAAAAGCAUCCCACGACGCCGAUGCUUUGGCGUACGAUUGGAAGAGCCGACAAUGUCAUCGUCUUUUCGAAUGGCGAGAAAUUGAGUCCGGGUGAAUUCGAGGGCAAGGUUUCGGGGCAUCCAAAGGUCAAGGGUGCAUUGGUUGUAGGAUCCGGGAAGUUUCAAGCUGCAAUCAUCAUAGAGCCCCGCGAGGAUCCAGAGAGCUCAGAAGAAGGAGAAAAGUUGAUCGACGAGGUGUGGCCAAUAGUUUCCGCCGUCAAUCAGACGACUCCGACACAAGGACAGAUUGGAAGACAAUGUAUUCGGCUGACGACGCCAGGAAAGCCAUUCCCGCGUGCGGGUAAAGGUACGAUCCAACGCGGUGCGGCCGUCAUUCUGUACAAGGAUGAGAUCGAAAAGUUCUACGAAGCGCUGGAAAGCUCCGUGCCGGCGAUGGAGUCUUUCGAUACGGACUCUUUGGAAUCCUUCACGGCAUCCGUCGUCAAGKCCUUCAAUACUACCCUUGCAGGCGAAGGAGCAGGACAUCUCGAGGCAGACUCGGACUUUUUUGAGCUUGGCAUGAAUUCGCUGCAAGUGCUCACUCUGUCGAGGAUUCUCAAAGCUGGGAUUUCUCAGUCGGACCUUGAACUGGACGAGGCGAAAGUGGCGCCACGAGCCUUUUACAAUCUUAACACCACUAGGCGCCUGUGCACUGCUUUGUACAACCCGUCUGAUGCCCAAGCCGAGCAUGUCUCUGUUGAGGCAGAGAUGAAAGCCAUGGUGGACAAGUAUACCAGUGGACUCCAUACCCUCGAUGCCGCUCCUAAGACCGACUCUAAACGAUGCGACAAGAUGACCAUCACGGUCACCGGCACUACGGGUGCAUUGGGCUCAUACCUCCUCCAUUUCAUGAUCCUCGACCCCAAGAUAAAGAGCAUCUUCGCCAUUAACCGCACUGAAGAUGCAGCUGCACGACAAAAGGAACGCAAUGAUAGUCAGGGACUCUCUACCGACUUUAGUAAGGUCAGUUUCGUCAAAGCAGACCUCUCUCAGGACCGGCUCGGACUGGAUGAAGCAACAUACGCCAUCAUUCAGCGCGAGACAGACCGAAUCAUCCACAACGCGUGGCCCGUGAAUUUCAAUUGGACACUCACUUCAUUUGAACCGUACGUCCGUGGAGUCCGCCAUCUCAUCGACUGUUCCGCAAACAGCGCGAAGCGGCCAAACAUUGUCUUCAUCUCGUCCAUCGGCACAGUCGGAGGCUGGGAUUCCGCCGAUCCAGUCCCAGAGGCUCCGCUUGGAGAUUUCAAACUUGCUCAACCAGGUUACGGGCAGAGCAAACUCGUCUCCAGCUCGAUUUUAGAUGCAGCCGGAGAGGCUGGAGUCCCCAGUACUAUCAUUCGGACGGGCCAAAUUGCCGGACCAACAACUACUCAGGGAGUGUGGAACCGGCAUGAAUGGCUGCCCACAAUUGUGAAGAGCUCUCUCUACUUGGGUGUUCUUCCCAACGGGCUUGGUUCGAAUGGUGACGCGAUUGACUGGAGUCCCGUAGACCCACUGGCGAAGUUUGUGCUGGAGUUGGGGGAUUCGCAAGGCUACUUCCACGGCGUAUGUCCUCGAAUCACCACGUGGGCAAAGCUGGUGCCUGCGUUGCGAGACUUCUACGGCGAACGCAUCAAGAAGGAGGUGUCGUUCAAGGAAUGGCUGGGGCUCUUGAAGGAAAGUGCAGUCAAUGCAGACGCGGUGAAGAUGGCGGAGAAUCCCGGCAUCAAGUUGGUGGACACAUUUGAGGCGUUUGCGGCUGGAGAAGGUCGUACUCCGAAGCGGUUUGCGACUGAGCGGGCGUGUGAGGCAAGCGCUACCCUCCGUGACUUGCCGGCUGUUACCCCGGAUUUGAUGACACUCUGGGCGAAGCAGUGGGCGUUUUGA